AUUGAGAGCAAAAUGCCUAAUCUUACCUCCACAUCUGAAUUUCUGCUCCUGGAAUUUUCAGACAUCUGGGAACUACAGAUGUUACAUUUCUUUGUAUUCUUAGCUGUAUACUUGACUGCAGUGACUGGCAAUCUUCUCAUCAUCAUUGCUGUAGCCCUCAACCAUCAUCUGCAUACCCCUAUGUACUUCUUUCUAAUGAAUUUGGCCAUUCUGGAUCUUGGCUCAGUUUCUGCGUUGGUACCCAAAGCUAUGGCCAAUUCCCUCCUGAAGAGCAGGUCCAUUUCUUAUUCAGGCUGUGUUGCUCAAGCAUUCUUUUUCAUCGUAUGUAUAGGGGGAGAUUUUGCCAUCCUGAUAGUAAUGGCACAUGAUCGGUAUGUAGCUAUCUGCAAUCCAUUACAAUAUGAGAUGAUUAUGCAUAAAGGAGCUUGCAUUCAGAUGGCUGUAAGUGCAUGGGUGACCAGUAUACUUUAUGCCACAUUACACACCAGUUGUACCUUUUCCAUCACCUUCUGCUCCAAUAGGAUCAAUCAAUUCUUUUGUGAAGUCCCACAGAUAUUAAAACUUUCCUGCUCAAACCUGUAUCUAGUUGAAGUUGGAGUUAUAAUAUUGAGCUGUAUCAUGGCUGGAGGAUGUUUUAUCUACAUCAUUCUAACUUACAUGAAGAUUUUUGCAACAGUACUUAGAAUGCCUUCAGUGCAUGGUCAGAAAAAAGCCCUCUCUACUUGCAUUCCCCACCUCACUGUGGUGUGUCUGUUUAUAUUUAGUUCAAUCUUUGCCUAUACGAGGCCUCCCGGUAACACUUCUUCUGUGCUGAAUGUAUUUUGUGCUAUGAUUUAUGCUCUGUUGCCUCCACUGAUGAACCCAUUUAUCUAUAGCAUGAGGAACAAAGAAAUCAAGACUGCACUGUUGAAGCUCACCACUUUUGGACUUUCCCCCAAAGCCAGCUCCAACAAAAUUCUUCUAGUAAAAUUGGGUUGA